AUGGGGGUGCCCUACUGCAUCAUCAAGGGAAAGGCCAGCUUGGGGUGCCUGGUCCACAGGAAGACAUGCACCACUGUUGUCUUCACACAGGUUAACUCGGAAGACAAGGGUUCUCUGCCUAAGUUGGUGGAAGCUAUUAGGACCAAUUAUGACAGAUAUGACAAGAUCCGCCGCCACUGGGGAGGCAACGUCCUGGGUCCUAAGUCUGUGACUCGCAUUGCCAAGUUGGAAAAGGCAAAAGCUAAAGAACUCACCACUAAACUGGGUUAAAUGUACACUUAGGUUUUCUGUACUUAAAUAUAUUACAAAAUUUUUAAAAAGUACAAAAUUAAAUACAGAUGUGGUGAUAUAUUCUUGCAAGCUCA